UCCGCUUCCGACGACUGGCCUAACUUUGGAAAAACCCAGGGUCCUGCGCGGAGCAAGAUGGCUGCGCCGGGAGUGGAGGCGGAGCCGAGGGAGUGCUAGGCCCUACGCCCUUUCGGCCCUUGGAGAGGAUCUGACGGGCAAACCAGCUUUUCGUAGCCCUGAAUUGGAACUUCCCCGAGGACUGCUGAGUAAGCGCCGCCUCUGCGUUCCGACCGAGGCACGAGGCCAGUCAAGCAGGUCCCUGUGUCCCGACAGGUGCGACGCUGAGCACUCCAUGCCUGCGGGCGCGGGGAGGCGUGGCCUCCCCCAGGGCCACCACCUCUGCUGGUUGCUCUGCGCUUUCACUUUAAAGCUCUGCCAAGCAGAAGCUCCCGUGCGCGAGGAGAAACUUUCAGUGAGCACCUCAAAUUUGCGGUGCUGGCUGGUGGAAGAGUUUGUGGUGGCAGAAGAGUGUGCUCCAUGUUCUAAUUUCCAGGCUAAAACUACCCCUGAGUGCAGUUCCACAGGGUAUGUGGAGAAAAUCACAUGCAGCUCAUCUAAGAGGAAUGAGUUCAAGAGCUGCCGCUCAGCUCUGAUGGAACAACACUUAUUCUGGAAAUUCGAAGGGGCUGUUGUAGGUGUGGCCUUGGUCUUUGCUUGCCUGGUCAUCGUGCGUCAGCGACAACUGGACAGAAAGGCUCUGGAAAAGGUCCGGAAGCAAAUUGAGUCCAUAUAACUAACUUCUCCCCUUUUAUCGGGGUCUUAGAGACCCUACCUCAGAGAAAGGGGAAUGGACUGACUCGUGCCCCUGGUUCUCUGGAACCCUGUGGUGGCACACCCUUCGCCCUUUCUCCUCAGCGAAAUCAGUAAAUGAAUAGAAUAAAAAGAGUAAAAUCA